GAGAGAGAGAAAGGGGCAGAGGGAGAGAGAUGCUGCACCUGUGCAUGAUCACCUGAGGAGAAGAAUUAAAAAGAAAACAGAGGAGGUAAAGAGUCUGUAAGCAUGGCGGGACAGUUUCACAUCUGAUCUCCUUCAACCGGCUCGUCAUAAGAAAGUCAGUCCUCCAGUCUCCGUUGGUGCCAUGGCUGAUCCAAGCUGGUGGAAGCUGACCUUCUCACGCAAGAAGAAAUCUGAAUCUAAAGUUCUGUACGAGAUCCCAGCUGAGUACGGCAGCAACACCGGAAACAAAGAGCACUCGACCAAUAAUCCCCCUCCAGACCACACGGACAGUCAGUUCAAUGCCAGACUGGAGAAGAUUGUAGAUAAGUCUGCCACUAAGGGCCGCCAAGUCAAGGUCUCCCACUCCGGACGCUUCAAGGAGAAGAAGAAGGUCCGAGCCACGCUAGCCGAGAACCCGGAUCUGUUCGCAGAGCACAACCUCAGUGACAAGAACCAUAAAAAGAAGACUGACAAAUAGCAGCACAAGCUUCCACAAAAAGCACAUACUUGAUCACAAAUGUGUCAUAUAUCAGUGUCACACCUAUAAAAGCUUAGAGGAAGGCUGAAAUACACACACAAACACAAGCACAACCAUGUGGCACCACACGUGUAAGGUGGAUAAACACUUGUGACCAGGCACCACACCCACGUAGAUACUGUAACCAAUGGACUCACACCCAUUCAAACAACUGGUAUCAGCGGACAAUCACCACUAAACAAAGUACUGGAGACAUUUUUUCUUCUGUCUCGCUCACACUGUUGUUAUUUAUCUUCAGAAAUGAUCUGUGACGUGAAAACUCUGCCUAACCUCAUGCAAACAUCCUUCUGAAUGAACAGUAACUUUUUAUUUUAUUAUUAUGGAUGUGACGUUUUGGAAUUAAACUUCCUGUUUUUUUUUUUUAUGUCUUACUCAAUCAAUACAGGAGUGAAGAAAUGUGUCUGUAAAGCAAAUUUUUAUUACAUUUUUAUGACCAAAGCAAAUAAAGACGUGAUUUUGAUGAGUUAUGGAUACACAGAUAUGUAUUAAUCUUUUCUGAAAAGUCUUAAUGCAAAUUUGUUUUUAAUAAAUGUUUCAA